UGUCACAAAGCAGGCUCAGUCUUAGUGUCCAAAAUUCAUACAAAACUAUUGAACACUGGGAAACGAUUCGAAGAUAUGAACUACAAAAAAAGAACCCAUAGAACGCCGUUCAAAGAGAGGUUUAAGACAUGUUAUCUUGACUAUGCCGACGAGCGUCUGUGGGAAUAUAGCUAUUUAAAGGCAAGGUGCAAGGAAUUGAAUUUGGAAGAAGAAUAUAAGAAGUAUCAGAUCCGUUUGAUGAUCAGUUACCUCACCGUUUUCUAUCCCUUGUAUAUAAUUGUGGUCGUAAGCCUUCAAAUAGUUAAAUGGUCUUGUGCCGAGUACACAAACUUCACGUAUCUGGACUCCAUUUUUGACGGAACUUCUUUAGUACUGGUUACUGGCUUAAUGAGCGUUAAUUUCUUCGAAAACUUUGUGACUCGCCACUAGUGGAUCAUGAUCACCACCUCGAUUUUGUCCGCAUAUAUUGUGGUCUUUUCUGACAUAGCCCUGAACAUUUAUCAUUACUACAACACCCAAUGGCCUUUGAAUACGUCAUAUGACGUAUUUGUGCUAUGCAUGAUUUACAUGUUCUUGCCGAUACCGUCGAUCACUGGAGCAGCGCUAUUGGCCACAUCAGUCAGUCUUUUAUACGUGAUCUAUUUCGUUCACUUUCUGGUGUUGGACCGAAGUGACCUCGCCAAGUAUAUUCAUGGCUUUGAUGUGAUAUCCGUCGACAUAUUUCACUUACUGGGUUUCAACAUGAUGGGUAUAUUUUUCCGGAUCGUGAACGAGACAGUAGUCCGUGCCUCCUUCUUGGACCGUCACCAGUUUAUCAAGGAGGAGACGUGGUUGCGCCAGGCUCUGCGUCAGGAAUCUAUGCUUCUGGACAGCAUUCUGCCACCACAGAUUGCAAAACCUAUCCAGAAUACCAUUAAGGAAAAGAUCAUGCGGUCCGAUAUUGAGUUCGACCGCUUCUACUUGGGAGGUCCUCGGAGAACAGAAGCCUUCAUGGCCAUCCAGAUCCACCCUGAUGUCUCCAUCCUCUACGCAGAUGUGGUGAACUACACCCACUUGACGACGACAUUGAAGGUGGAAAAACUAGUAAAGGUCCUGCACGACCUCUACGGCAGAUUCGAUAUGGCUGCCUCUACUUUUGAGGUGCAGCGCAUCAAGUUCCUGGGUGACUGCUACUAUUGUGUGGCUGGUUUGACGACGGGCGAUCCAGAUCACGCUAGAAAGGCGGUGGCCUUGGGCAUUUCCAUGAUUGCCAACAUCCAGGAGGUGCGCUCUUUGAUCCGCAGGGCGGAACGUGCCUUGGAUAUUGACAUGCGUAUAGGAGUCCAUUCAGGGAGUUUGCUUGCAGGCGUCAUUGGACAGGCCAAGCUUCAGUUCGACAUAUGGGGUGCGGACGUGGAGAUCGCCAACCGUCUAGAGGCAACUGGAAAGCCAGGUUUUGUGCACGUUAGUGGGCGGACUUUAACAAAUUUGAAUUUAGCCGAUUAUACAAUCCAUCCGGGAACGGAAGAGGCGCAAAUGGAUCCCGUACUGCAAAAGCAUCCGAUGAGCACAUUUCUUCUCUCCGCGGUAGUAAGCCGCGGUUCUGCCAGACCCCUAAAAGUAGAAACCUCAUUUGUGGAAGUCGAUAUUACAAAAUUGGGACCUGCCCAGGACCCUGCCAGCGUUGCGUCCAUGUUCGAUGAGUUGCGUGAGGAGUUUAGCAAAAUGCCUGUGGGUGGCUUAAAGUUUCGGUCACCAUGCUGCGGUCGAAAUACAAAUUCGAGUGAUGAGAAAUCCCAACAAGAUGUGGGCAUGUUUUGUGCAGCGUUCAAGGACUCGUCUCUGGAAUGGAGUUAUUUGCACCAGCCAGAUUUUAUUUUCAAGUCUUCAAUGCUCCUGGCUUGGGGCAUUGGGGGCUGCCUGAUAUUCAUCCAAAUCGCGUGCACCAAACUUGUCUGCGUUGAAUGUAUUGUGCUUGACAUGAUUGCAUUUUCUUUUCUGACGAUCCUUCUCUUCAUCGCGUGGUACAAGAAAUUGUGUUGGUGGCAAUAUGGACACAACAACCUCAAACUGUACAGCAAGUUCAGCUGCAUAGUGUUUAGCCUGCUUGAAAAGAUCCAGCAUAGUUUUCUCCUGCGCAUUACUAUUUAUAUGAUGCUUAUAAUGUGCUAUUACAUAAUGAUUUCUUUGAUAUUAGCAAACUGUGAUCAGAACCAGUACGAGUUAGAUCUCAUCGAGAGCAAGCUUUUUCACUACGAAGAGAAUGAAGGCUCCUGCUUUCAUCCAUGGGCGUUUACAAACAUGGUAGCCUUGAUCCUCGGAAUGAGUUACACCUUCGCACGCAUCCCGUUCGCUCUCAAGACAGUCAUCGGCUGUUGCGAGGCAGUAGCCUAUCUGCUAAUUGUGAUUUUCCAGUACGUAUUUCUUUUCCAGCACAGUGCCACCACGACUCCGUAUUUGAGGGCAGAAAUAGCGCACUGUGCUCGGGUGUGCAUGAUGUUAGUCAUUAUGUACGCAAAAGAGCGUCAGGCCGAGUUCAACACAAAAAUGAACUACAAGCUCAACGUGGAUUUGCGAAAUAAACAAAAAGCGGCCGACGUUACAAACCAAUCUAUCAUAAUUUUGCUCCACAACAUUCUUCCCUCUCAUGUUGUCGAGCUCUAUCUCAAUUCAGUGGCCAAACACGAGCUCUACUAUGAAAACUAUCAAAUGGUAUCAGUCAUGUUUGCCAUGCUGAUCAACUUUCAAAUGGACUUGCCAAGCUUACGAGUGUUAAACGACAUCAUAACCGAAUUUGAUAAGCUAUUGACAGCCUAUAGGGAGUACUACGUUGUUGAGAAGAUAAAAGUCGUCGGCUGCACUUAUAUGGCAGCUUGUGGAUUGGAUGUCAACCUUGCUUCAAAAAUUAAGCGCAGCGUGAGCAUUGGCGGUGAAUCAUUUCAAUCCAAAAUGUCGGAGGAUCGCAGUCUACUAGAGUCAUUCAGAGAGGGUUCCAAUCACGAUGAGGUGGCCUUUAUAAUGACCUCGUUCGCUCUGGACCUGAUGAGAGUCCUGUCAGUGUGCAACAAGGCGUACUCGGGAAGACCCUUCGAUCGGUCCUUAUCGACCUGGGAGAUUUGCAUCGGAAUAUCCACAGGGGAGAUAAUGGCCGGAGUGGUGGGAGCUUCUCAACCGCACUACGUCAUCUGGGGAAACCCAGUCAACAUGGCCUCGCGAAUGGAAUCGACUGGGCUGUCUGGACACAUACAGGUGACGGAGGAGUCGGCCGAAAUUCUUGAGGAGUUUGGGGUUCAGUGUAAUUACCGCGGCUUGACUUUGGUUAAGGGCCGUGGGGAAAUUCCCACCUACUUCGUUGGGAUCGAUAAUGAUUUGAAGUUCAUUUCCAGGAAGGACUCCCGGAAUUUCCCAAGGCGCUUUUCGUAUAGUCAUGAUAAAGAUCCGUACGGUUAAAAAGGUUGAUAGAAAUAGUUCGGAAAAAUUUUACGUAAUCUGAAAAUCGGGCUUAAAUGCAUUUUGUAGGCUACGUAUCUCAAAUUUUCUUUUGGAAGUUGUUGAUCGGAAAAUUCGAGGUACGUAGCUUUACGAUUUGAACACCAAUACUCGACUCCUUUACAUAAUAUUUUUUUUAAAUACAUCUACAUGUAUUCAAUUUUA